AUGACGUCUCAAACUCAAGAAAUCAUCGCCGCUCUCGAUGGGGUUCACCCUGAGGCAUUUGGGGGAAAUGAGGUGGAACGUCUCCAAGUUCGUGCGGCUGCACGUCGACUUCUUGCAAGGGUGGAGUCACCGUACGAGCGUGCAUGGGGCUUCUGCUUUGAGCAUCCUGUCGUGUUUGCUGCUCUCCAGACCUGUAUCGAUGUGGGACUUUGGAAAGCCUGGACUAUCUCGGGAGGUGGUGAGAAAUCGAUUCUUGAUCUGGUCAAGUUGACCAAUCCUGCCGUGGACACAAACCUGCUACGGAGAUUAUUUCGCCUCCUCGCAGCUUUCAACGUAGUCGAAGAGAUUGGUGAGGACAAAUUCAAACCAACUCCGUUUUCACUCGCCAUUGGAAAUGAGUCCACCAAGGUCCGGGCUUCGCUCCAAGCGGCAACCAACCAAUACAUACUAGCCGGUCACAACCUACCGAAAUACCUCGCGAAAAUUGGUUACACCGAGCCUACAGAUAUUAUGGUGAACAACUACUCCGACUCGGACCCGGAUGGUCUCAACUUUUUCGGUCGACUGCAAGAAAGUCCUUCCUACUUUAAGGCCUUCACUGGUCAUAUGGAGGCGUGGACAGCAUGGAAGACUCCAUGGACCAAGGUAUAUGACACGGACAAACUUCUUGACGGUGCAAAUCUAGAUGAUGGUUCUGCAUUUGUGGUUGAUGUUGGUGGAAACACCGGCAUUGACAUCUCUCAUGUUCAUGCCAAGCACCCCAAUCUUCCUGUCGGCUCUCUUGUUUUGCAAGAUCUGCCCGAAAUUAUUGUCAACGCUCAAGUUGACAAGAAAGUCAAGGCCAUGUCUCAUGACUUCUUUCUUCCCCAGCCUGUGAAAGGAAGCCGUGCUUACUUCAUGCAUGCUGUUCUGCAUGAUUGGCCUGAUGACAAGGCUAAGCAUCUGUUGGGAAAUACCAGGGAUGCAAUGACCAAGGGAUACUCCAAGUUAUUCGUUUACGAUAUUGUUCUCCCGCCUACGGGAGCGAGUAUUAGUCAGACUACGAUGGAUGUUAACAUGAUGUCUCUUCUUUCAGCUUCUGAGAGAACCCAAGGUGCUUGGGAGAGCCUCUUAAAUGAUUCUGGCUUUAAGAUCAUUAAAUUUUGGCCAGAUCCUCAACAAUAUGAGAUGGUCAUAGAGGCUGAGGUGGCCUAG